CUUACAGGCAGAUGCAUUUGCUCCAAAUCAGCAGGGCUAGGUGAUGAUGCUAUCCGGCUAUAAUUGCUGUAAGUAGAUCUUCAUCUAGCAUUCUAGUUCUACGCACAUAUCCACAUUUUUAUUCUUUUACUCACGCCAACACCAACUAGUAAGCGAUCGAACAAUUAUCAACAAGAACAAAAUGGCUAAAAAAUCCAAGACCUCUGCUGGUGGCAGCGCUCUAGGCUCUGUGUUGUCACGGAUAAGAGGAGCACCGUCCUCGACAGGCACGUCGCAGGCUGGUACUACGACAGGCGCACCAAGUGGGGUGAAAAAGUCGAUGAAGAAGGCGUCAAAGAAGGUCGGGACACCACAGGUUGAGCAAGGAGAAUCUACAAAGCCUGUUGGAGUUCCGAUAAUAACGCCAACUUCCACGUCCACGUCUCCAGCUGUAAGGGGAACAACAACAAGCGCGACAUCCACCUCUACUGCUUCCUCAUCGUCAUCUAGACGAGCCUCAUCUUCCACGACUAAACCAGACUCCUCUUCAACCCCAAUAGCUACAGCCUCCAAAAAUCAACAAGUAGCCAAGCCUGCAUCUAUUGACGACAUCUUCGCCUCCGCUCCGAAAAAGAGCGCGAUGCAACUUGCAGCAGAAGAAGCAGUGAAGAGCAAAAAGGUGAAGAAGGGACUUGCAAAAAAGAAUAAGAUGAAAGGAGCUACUGCUUCCACCGAUCCAUCCACCUCAACAGCACAAGAAUCCUCGAAAAAUCUCCAAGGCGCUUCGGCAGAUGACUUGUUCGGCAACGAAAGCGCCAGAUGGCGUAACGAUGGUUUAGGCGGAAUUUACGACCAUGACGGCUGGACUAACAGAAAGAUGCGAGAUGGGAAUACCAAAAUCUACAAAGCCCACUUGAUAGAGGAGAAGGACCGACCAGGAGCUGGGACGACGCCACAAUGCCCCUUUGAUUGCGACUGCUGCUUCGGUUUUGCAGGAGACGAGAUGGAAGAUUUCUUGGAUACUUGCGCGAAAAAGGGAAAAUAUGUGGAGAAAUAACUAUGGCGCUUUCUAUUUGUGCUUAGGCUUACCACCUUGAACAAUAGUCCACCCACCUGGACUUGUACCUGAUCCAAUCCUUUAGCUUUGUCAAG